AUGGAGUCACUCGUGUAUGAGAACUCGCCUCUGGCCGAAUACCUCGAAGGAGAAGGUGGAAACGAGGAGAGCUGGCCCGUGGAAGAGAACCAAAGUGACGAUGAUCAUACCACCUCCCUCAACUUUGCCCCCCGAGGGUCUUCCAAAUUCCAGGACCGCGUACGAAACAAACUCCCAAAGCCUUUAGAUCUCGGUACACCCCAGGGCCAGUUGGUCGGGAAACUCUAUGAGGCGUGCUCGUCCGCUCUGAACGCACGAUUAACGCGCAGCGACAACGAACGGUUUUUGGAACAAUUUGGCUACGUGAUUGUCGCCUCCCAGCUCUUGAAUGAGCACAGUGCCCCCUCCUACACCUCCGCCUCCGAUGUCCACUCCGCGAAACAGCCCGCAGCGCUCCCGUCCCUAUCUACAACCUUUGGAAUCCAAGGCGCUAUUGUCACCGCCUGUACAUCCUUUUCUAUCGCUUGGUUAUUACAUUGGAGUCGGUCAAAGACCGGAUCAGGAGUCAGUCUAAAGAAGAUUGGGCUGCUUUUGGUGCUUGUUCCGGCUGUUGGGAUUUUGUUCUACGUUUUCGCGAAACGACAAUGGUUGAAGUACCUUCGACAUCAGGCGGUCGAGGCCGCGGGGACAUUUAUUGGCAACGCCCAGGGCUUCGAUCAUGCUGCGUCGGCUUCUGUGGUCUUCAUUCAGGAGGUGGAGCUGGUGUCACGAGGCUAUCGGAUAAGCACCCCUCUGCCGCCUAUCAGCCGACUUGAAGAAGUGGUGCAGACACGCCGCUGCCUGAGACUGCGUCGAGCAGUGUCAGAAUGCUUCUCUUCAAUGCUCGAGCGAUAUAUUCAAUCCCAAAACACUUUACGCCCACUAACCGAGGAGGGCAAUCUUGCCAAAUACUACGACAUUUACGACAUUGGACUGGAAGAACUCGAGGUUAUUGAACUCUCAUUGUCCCAGAAAACACACGAAGACCAAUACUCUCUACGAUAUCUGCGGGAUCUUUUUGGCAAACUUUACAGCAUACGGAAAAGCGUUCUAUGCUGCUUGUUGGCAUUGAGUGCCGAUGGUGGAGGAUCUGACAUCACGAGAUGGAGCUCUGCUGUCGAGGAGAUGCGUGACCUCGCUGCUGUGACUGGUGCUAGCAUGUCGAAAAUGACUGCGAUUCUGAACGAGGAAGAUCGCGAGAAUACCAUCCCUCCAUCCCCGUUGCCUUCAGCUUCGUCAAACAAGGAUCAUCUGCGGGCUCAAUACCGACGCCUCAGCUCUCUGUCACAAGGGGUCCGUGCCUUGCAUGCGAAAAUGCAUAUCGUCAGCGAGGAGUCACAUGCAAAUCUCGAGCGUGCAGAUGCGGAUGACUUCGAAGCCACACUCCUUGCGCAAUAUGACUCAGUUGGAAGCGAUCUCCGGGCUCUGCUCCAGGAAUGGGAAUCUGGUAAGACCGCGCUGGUCAACCAACACGACCGGCUUAGUGUUGGAGAUCGGUCGAGACCUUCCAGCACCCUAUUGAUGCCUAUGUCACCCACUCCGAGCCUCGGAGGCUCCACGGCAGUGGAAGGUAGCCCAACUGAUGCGCUGAAGGCCUUGAAUGGCGAGAACCGACCUGAUUUGGCUCAUACUUACGAAGAUGAGGAGGUCUUUGAAGCCAUCGUUCUUCCAGGCUCCAGGAACAAGAGGAUGUCCUUGACCCGUGACGAACGUCUGGCCCGUGUUCGCGAAGAUCGUGUCCGACAAGCUACUGCUCGCGAAAAGGCAGACGCCAGCAACAACAUGCUCAAGGAACUGGAGAUGGAAGUACUAGAGGACUCGGUGGCCUCGGGCAUCAACGCUAAGCCCAAACAGGACAUAUCGCCAAACCAAACGCGACCGCGUCUUUUCCCCACCCUUCAACGCGGUUCAUUUAUUAGGCCGCUGCCUCUUUCCUUUCACUUCUCCCCUUCAAAUUUGAUACCCGCCACUUCAGUUUCUCUUUUUUACGACUUAAUUAAAUCAAUUAUCAAGAUGUUGGAAGCACGUUUGGAACAGGCCAGUCUUCUGAAGCGCGUUGUCGACGCUAUCAAGGAUCUCGUCCAAGACUGCAACUUCGACUGCAAUGACUCCGGAAUCGCCCUGCAGGCCAUGGACAACUCCCACGUUGCCCUGGUCUCCAUGCUGCUCCGCGCCGAGGGCUUCUCCCCCUACCGUUGCGACCGCAACAUUGCCCUCGGUAUCAACCUUCUCUCUCUCACCAAGGUGCUCCGCGCCGCCCAGAAUGAAGAUAUCCUCACCCUGAAGGCCGAGGACUCACCCGAUGCCGUUAACCUCAUGUUCGAGAGCGCUGAGACCGAUCGUCUGAGCGAGUAUGAUAUCAAGCUCAUGGACAUUGACCAGGAGCACCUGGCUAUUCCUGAGACCGAGUACGCUGCCACCGUGGAGAUGCCCUCUGCCGAGUUCCAGCGUAUCUGCAGAGAUCUUAACCAGCUCUCCGAGUCCGUCGUGAUCGAGGCCAACAAGGAGGGUGUCAAGUUCUCCUGCAGCGGUGACAUCGGUAACGGAUCUGUCACCAUCCGCCAGCACACCAACGUUGACAAGCCCGAGCAAAAUGUCACCGUCAACAUUUCCGAACCCGUCGCCCUGACCUUCUCCCUCAAGUACCUUGUCAACUUCUGCAAGGCUUCUAACCUUUCUUCAUCUGUCGUCCUGCACCUUUCCCAGGAGGUCCCACUGCUUGUUGAGUACGGUCUUGGAAGUGGCCACCUGCGCUUCUACCUGGCCCCCAAGCUCGGUGAAGACGAGUAA